AUUGUCCAAAACUGCCUUUUGUUGUUCUUAUUGUCAAGUUCCGAUGGCCUCAGUGCAACCCACUUUCACCGCUUCUCAUUUUUCCGUGGACUACACUUUUUCGGAGAAGAAGGCGUCUGGUCGACUCAGCUGCUCCCUGUCUUUCCUACUCUCCCUCUACCAAAUCGACACACGCUACUCACAGGUGUGCUGCCGCGUAGACACGGUAUAGUCGGUGAGUACAUGCUGAAUUGGAGAUCGAAGCAGAAGUUUCUGAAUUUCACCGCUGAGUCCGAUUUUCAGCAAAGGUACUGGUGGACCAUUGAUCCGGUAUAUGUCACUGCAACUAAAGCCAAAGCGUCAGUUGCAAUGUUUUUCUUCCCUGAGUGCAAGGUCAAAUGGAGUCCUCCGCCGCACUUAUGUGUUCCUCCUGAGAAAGAUGGAUUGUCAUUCGCUGACGAAAAGGGGACAAAAAUGGUCGUUGACGCUACAAAAACCCAUGACUUGGUACUGGUGUAUCAUCCGAAUAUUCGGGUACAGAUAGCUGCAAUAGGGCCACGGAAGGCCAAUGCUCGCUAUGCCACUGAGGUCGAUAAAUUUCAAAAGGCGCUGGAACGUCUUACAGCACAGGCGCGGCAACGAAUAGAUCUCAAUGUGAUGGUGAUCUCUCCGCAUGGUCUCGUCGAUGUUCCUGAACAAAAUAUAAGAGUUCUUGACGACUACCUCCCGAUGGAGCUGCUCCAGACGUCCGUUGGAAAUGGAGCAAUUAAGCAAAUCAUCGCUAUGCCGGGCAAAACGCACCAGGUCUACUCCCAACUACGAAGUCACACACCCAUACCAAACGUCGAAGUCUACUAUACCGCUCCAAAGGUUGGUGAUCUUCCGGUAAGGUAUCAGUACAGGAAAUCAUCUACAGUUGCAGAUUUAGUGCUUGUCGCUCAGCCGGGUUACGCUAUAGUAACACGAGAUACCACCAAACAAGUACCAGAACAUGCGACAGAUGAAGUGAAAGCCGGCUUGAGCGGCUAUGACAACCAUUACCCGGAUAUGCAAGGAGUUUUUCUCGCCUAUGGACCAGUAUUUCGAAAAGGCUACCACAAGGGUCCGCUCGAGUUGUGCGACAUUUAUGCGCUCACGUGUUUUAUUCUUCGAUUAGAAGGCUGCCACUCUUCAUGUGCAAGGAUCCUUCGAAUCGAAGACAUUCUUACGAGCGAAGCCAGAGUGGCGGUGCGAUCUCAGUUACACAGGUCCAGUCAAGCCUCAAGUGCUACAGCUCCAUUACUCAUUGCUCUUAUUUUAGUUGCUGUGAUUUCUAAAAUAAAUAUCUAUUGA